GAGCUACAAAAUCACAGCUGUUCCACUUACAGCAAGUAAAGACUAGUCUUAGAUGUGUGGUAUUAACUGCCCGCAUCUAGUUUCAUCAGCUUGGCAAACGUUUGUCUCUUAAGACGAAUGGAAACCGUGAGCAACAGUUUUUUUUAACAACAAAUUUACGGUCGCUGUUAAUAACAUGUUGCGAAAUGUUAGUUUUUGGUUGACAAGAAAAUAACAGAGCAAAAAAGAAAGAAGAAGGAUUCUCGCUGCGAUCAACUUAUCAUGGAUCCCACGAUUGUUGAGUUUAUUGGAGAGAAGUGCAUGAUCAGUAUAAUACCGAACUUCUCCAAUGAGCCGCUGCACUUAAUUUAUGGAUCUGUGGGUCCAUUUCGUGCCGGUUUUCCCGUUUUCGUGCCAUUGUGGCUGGCGGCACAUCUGCGAAAACAACAAAAAUGUCGCAUUGUGCCGCCGGAAUGGAUGGAAAUGGAAACACUGGAAGAGAUCAAAGAGGAGGAGAAGCGCUCCAAAUUCUUUACCAAGAUGCCCAGUGAGCAUUACAUGGUGGUGGCCCAACUGGUCAUGAGUACAGCACCAGAUGAUGUGCCACGUUGCGAAGAGUUGCGUACCAUUAUCAAGGAUAUCUUCGACAUACGCGAAUCAAAGUUGCGCACCUCGAUCGAUGCAUUCAUCAAGGGCGAAGGCACAUACGCCAAGUUGGACAAUUUAACGCUGCUAGAGAUGCACAGCGUGCGACCAAUUCUGCCCUAUUCCCUAGAUCACAUAGCACGCUACCAAAGAAUGGCAACGGCAUCGCAGCGAGACACUUCCAUGAUGAACACAACAGGCGGCGGCACGGGAACAGGCUCAAUGAGCAACUCUUUCUUCACACAAUAAUAAAUAAUGUUAAUAAUUUUAGGUUUAGUUAAUUGUAAAUACUAGAAAAUAUUAUAAUAAAAUAGAGCUAAGCAAUACUCGCCACAUUCCUGCAAAGGGGCAGCAAUUAAAAUUGGCUGGCAUGUUAAAAAUCA